UGAAGCUGCUGCCGCGACAGUGACCGACUGGCAAAGGAUCGUGAUCUGACAAAUGACUGAAAGAUCCCUGAAGCAGAGCAAACACCAAAGAGGACACGUUUAACGACUGUAACUGACUUUGCUUUGUCUCCUUCAUAGAAAACCUCGGUCUCCUUAGUUUCUGUGGAAUAAAUAAGCUCGCGUUGGAAGCCGAAGCAUAAACUUCUCAAGGCCAAGAAGAAGAAGAAGAAGAAGAAGCAAAGAGACAGCGGGACUCUUCUAAAGUGGAGUCCACCUAUCCUUCAGUACCUCCGAGGCCCCCUGUCGCCCGUACGUCCUCCACGUCUUAAGACUCUUCGACGGACGCACAUCUCAGCCAGGUGUCGAAAGAGCCGUUACCUCCAGCCAGCCGCCUGCUGUGGACCCUGGGUGAUCCGUCGCCAUGGCUACAAACAGGGAACAGCAGGUGGGUCACAUGACCGGCUUCCCACCUGCUGUGUACCCCUUUCCCUUCAACUCCAUGAGAAGCCACUCCCCCUUCGACCUGCUGGCCAACAGCAGCCUGUUUGGGAGAUUUGGGGCUGACCUGCCCAAAGAGAUGGCUGCUCUCUCGGUGGAGACCCAGAGCAACAGCUCAGAGGAGAUGGUACCCAGUUCUCCGUCUCCACCUCCCCCACCUCGAGUCUACAAGCCCUGCUUUGUGUGCCAGGACAAGUCCUCCGGGUACCACUACGGGGUCAGCUCAUGUGAAGGCUGCAAGGGUUUCUUCCGUCGCAGUAUCCAGAAGAACAUGGUGUACACUUGCCACCGAGACAAAAACUGUCAGAUCAACAAGGUCACACGCAACCGUUGUCAGUACUGCAGGCUGCAGAAGUGCUUCGAGGUCGGCAUGUCCAAGGAAGCGGUGCGCAAUGACAGAAACAAGAAGAAGAAAGAUGUGAAGGAGGAGGUUGUUCUUCCGGAGAGCUAUGAGCUAAGUGGAGAGCUAGAGGAACUAGUCAAUAAAGUCAGCAAAGCUCACCAAGAAACUUUCCCAUCACUUUGCCAACUGGGCAAAUACACCACCAACUCCAGCUCGGACCAUCGAGUCCAGCUCGAUCUAGGGCUAUGGGACAAGUUUAGUGAGCUUUCCACCAAAUGCAUCAUCAAGAUAGUAGAAUUUGCCAAGCGGCUGCCAGGUUUCACCAGCCUCACCAUCGCUGACCAAAUCACUCUGCUUAAGUCCGCCUGCCUGGACAUACUGAUGCUGAGAAUCUGCACACGCUACACUCCAGAACAGGACACUAUGACGUUCUCAGAUGGCCUGACUCUGAACCGGACUCAGAUGCACAAUGCGGGCUUUGGACCUCUUACAGACCUGGUUUUUGCCUUUGCAGGCCAACUUCUACCCCUGGAGAUGGAUGAUACAGAAACCGGUCUCCUCAGCGCCAUCUGCCUCAUCUGUGGAGACCGCAUGGAUUUAGAAGAGCCCCAGAAAGUGGAUAAGCUACAGGAGCCUCUGCUUGAGGCUUUGAAGAUCUAUGCCCGUCGUCGCCGCCCCAACAAACCCCACAUGUUCCCACGCAUGCUGAUGAAGAUCACUGACCUCAGGGGCAUCAGUACGAAGGGUGCAGAGAGAGCUAUCACUCUGAAGAUGGAGAUCCCAGGGCCGAUGCCUCCUUUGAUCAGGGAAAUGCUCGAGAAUCCGGAGGCCUUCGACGACCAAACAGAGAGCAACGAGAGCCCGCCGCCUCCGCCACCGCCCCCACCACCACCACCCGCGCCUCCAGCCCUGGUUCUGAAGCAGGAGGCUGAGGAUGAGGACGACAGCUGGGCCACCGAAAACGGCAGCGAGCCAUCACCGGAAGAGGAGGACGAAGACGACGACGACGACGUGGGAGAUGAAGAUCGAGACAGGGGCUCGGACAGUGACGGGGAGCCCUGGGUGUUUUAACUUCCAUAGAUGGGUUGAGGAAAGGCCUCGCUCGGAGGGCGCAGUGAAAAGAGCAUUUCAUACAUAGACACACAGAUUCAUCACACACACACACACACACACAUGCAUACAAGCAUAUAAGUAAACAUACACAUAUAUAGACACACACAUACACCUCAUUCACUCUUCCACCUCGAGAA